AUGAUAGAUCGGAUGAAAACAAGAGAGAAGGAGCUGCUAUUGAAUCCGGCAACUAGUCUUGAUGCCAGUCUGGUUCAAGGACACAAAGAGCUCAGUUCGUUAGACGCUAAAUUCUCAAGACUUUCAGAGGAAGAAGAGAAACUGGAGGUUGAGAUCCAGCGUUUGAUUGCCAAAAAAGAGGAGCUGCUUGAUCACAAAAACUCAGUUGCUUCUCAAUUUGAAAAGACCAAUGAAAAGGUAUCUAAGGAUCUGGCAGAAUGGAAAAACUUGGAAGAGGAGAUCAAACGAGCAGAUGACAACUGGUAUGGGGGAAAAGAGAGACUAGCUCAAGCCAACACCAGUUGGCAACUUUUCAAGGAGCGCUUGGAGCUGUAA